CGAUUUAUGCGGAGCUGAUUUCACCUUUCGCUGUCUGAUUCUUCUUGAUAUCGCUGAUCUUUUAUCUAGUUAAUUGAAUUAUCAGAGUGAAGAAAAUUGAGGAAUAUAAACAUGUCGUUGCGAGUAUUCACCCGUGCUCUCGCGUCCUCUCCGCGCCUCUCCGCGUCCAAGUUCGUGGCCUCGCGGGGUGCCUUCCGCCGCGAGUUUUCGGCCGAAUGUAAAGCGAUUGUGUUUGAGAAACAUGGAAGGCCUCUUGACGUUCUCAAAAUCCACACGUUCCCGCUACCUGACCUAGCAGACGACUCUAUCCUCGUCAAAUUCCUCGCCGCGCCAAUCAAUCCGGCCGACAUCAAUCAAGUGGAAGGCGUUUACCCGCUCAAGCCGCCCUUCCAAACCUCUGCGCUCGCGACCGAGACGCCGCUCGCGCUCGGCGGAAACGAGGGCGUAGUCGAGGUGAUCGACGUCGGCAAGGGCGUGCAGGACUUCAAGCCCGGCGACCGCGCAAUCAUGCGCCACACGAUCUUUGGCACCUGGCGAACGAAAGCGGUGGCGACGAUCAAGGACCUGACCAAGAUCCCGUACCCGUCGUCCGAGAUCACUGCCGUGCAGGCCGCGACCGCGUCCGUCAACCCGACGACGGCGUACAACAUGCUGCAGGAAUUCGCCGACCUCAAACCCGGCGACUGGUUCAUCCAGACCGGCGCCAACUCCGGCGUCGGCCGCGCCGCGAUCCAACUCGGCCGCCUCUGGGGCCUCAAGAGCAUCAACGUCGUGCGCAACCGCGACGACCUCGCCGAGCUCAAGAAAGAUCUCGAGAGCCUGGGCGCGACAAAAGUCAUCACGGACGAGGAAUUGGCCGACAAGGGGUUCCGCAGCGUGAUCAAGGAGUGGGUCGGCAAGUCGCCGAUCAAGCUCGCGCUCAACUGCACCGGCGGCGAGUCGACGACAAACAUGGCCCGCCAGCUCUCCGAAGGCGGACAUCUGGUGACAUACGGCGGCAUGGCGCGCAAGCCGGUGACGUUGCCUGUCAGUCUGUUUAUUUUCAAAGAUAUCACCUCGCACGGCUACUGGCUCUCGAGGUGGUCGGACGCGCACCCGGAUGAGAAGGAGAAGAUCGUCAACGAGAUAUUCUCGCUGAUCAAGGCGGGCGAACUCAAAGACGUGCCGGUCGAUAAGUGGGUUUGGAAGGAGACCAUGUCGGAUGAGGAGUUGCUCGAGGUGUUUAAGAAGGGCGUGUCUACAUACAUUGAAGGUGCAAAGGGUCGCAAGCAGGUCCUCGUCAUUGAAUAAUUCCGUACGUGAUUUUGAUUACUUUCAUUCUUUCAUUGAAUAAACAACGCAUAUGUAUACAAUCUCAAUCAAAC